AUAUGAGAUUAGCAAAGGAACGUUCACGUGAGCGUGAAAUGGAUAGUGAAUUGAAUAAAUUAUGUUUGCCGGGUCUGCCGCCACUGCCAAAAAGUUUAAGCACAGCUGCUGCAGGCGUUUCGUCGGCCGCCUCCUCAGCAACACACUCGAAUACGGCGUCACCAUUAAACAACCAUCAUCAUCAUGCCAUGCACGGUGUUGAGAGUGUGGAUCUCUUUUUGGGGCCAUCCACAUCGGCCGCGGCUACGCGUAAUCACUAUCGACACGGCAGUUUGUCGUCGACGCAAGAGUCGUUGAGCGAUCGCGAAAGUAUACACAGUCGCGCCUCUUCGUCGCACAGUAGUCAUCACACGCCUACAAAUACCAAUACCGACAAUGGUGGCACAUCAAUUUCACUAAGUGGUGGCAGUGGCAGCAGCACAACCAGUACGUUAGACACACAACUAGCCAUAUUGCGUCGUGAAAUGUAUGGACUGCGUCAGUUAGAUCUAUCUUUACUCUCACAAUUAUGGGCACUCAACGAAUCGAUUCAGGGAUUUCGCGUAUUUCUACAAGAACAAGAAGCGCUCUCACCACCAUCACCCUCGCCAACGCCAUCUGACACUAAUUCGCUUACAUCGGAGGGCGAAGAGGAAUCGUAUUCAGCGCAACCAUUGAAAUUAGCACAUCCCAUUGUUGCACAAGCAGCUCUACCACCUGGUGGCUCGACUACAUCACACGCCUCAACAAGUUCAGCGUCUGGCACAUCGGGCUCAUCAUCGGCUACCUCUUCGAUGGGUAAGCAUGGCGGCAUGCCUUUACCGCCGGCACCACAAAAGACACACCCACAGCUGCCACGCAUUUUGCAGCAACGUAUGCGACGCGCACCGCCGCCACCGCCACCAACAACACGACCCAAAACGUCUAAGGACGCAAUGGCGGCAGCCAAUGGCGCAACAACGACACCACUACCACAAAGACCAGCAUGACAAAACCCAUUCUUGGAUUAAGCAUGCAGCAACGUAAAGCGAAAUGCUUAAUUCAAGAAUGUUGUACCAAACGAAAAUGUAUAGCUCGUAAACUACUAAGCGGUUUGUGAGUGUAGAAAGUGGGCUUGUUGCCAUUUGGGAAUAAACGUGGAAGUCGUUGAGACAAAUGUUGUCAAUUAAGUGUUGCGCGUGUAAACGCAAUGCAGGCAUAAAAACUGAAGCGUUGAAGGCUUUGUAGCGCAAUUAUGAAUAACAGAAUCAAAACAUAUUCAGUGGAUUUAAUACUUGACGUAUUUCGAAAGUGUAUUUUAGACGCUUGUAAACGGUAAAAAACAUUUGCGGUAGUAUAUAGCGUUUAAUUUUUAAAAUUAUAGCGCGUUUUAUUCAGUGCGUUCCAUGUAUGUAGUAUGUAAGGCGCGUAAGCUAAUCAAAAAAAUGUAAUGAAAUAUCGGUGUCGUACUGUACACACAUAUAUUCCCAAAUAUUGCUGUUAAAGGGUUAAAAAACAAGAAAAUGUAACGAAUUGAAUAUCAAACUUUUUAGAUUAUACGAAAAAAAAAACAUAUUUGUUAAUGCAUAUUACUACUAUAAAGACGUUUGAAAAUAUUUUCCACUUUAACAAACAUACAUAAACCACCAAACCAAGCACAGCAACAGCGUGAACUGUAACCAAAAUACACCGUGUAUCCCAAGACCAAGCUACAUUUACUAAUAGUAGAGCUGUUGUACUCUCGUUAUUCAUUCCACUUCAUUGUUGCCCCUUUCGCGUGGUCACACCUAACGAAAAUUAUAUAUGUACUAGGAACUAUGACGAAGACGAUUAGCUGAUUUUAGCCCAAUACAUUACCAUAAACCUAAAACGAAGUAGCACUAGACGUUCAAUUUAUAUACAGAAAUUGCAAUCAAUUAUAACUUACACACACACACACACACACACACACACAUAAAUAAUAACGAAUAAAGAUCAACAUUAAUGCAUAUACAUACAUACAUAUAUAUGGCGUAUUACAUCGAUCUAAAUAUUUAAAUUAAUUUAUAAAUCAUAAAUAAAAUUGCAGCAAAUAUAAUAUUAAAGCGAAAAUUAUAGUUGUAUUGUAAGUCGCAUUAAUAAGCGUUGUCAGUUAUACAAAAACAAAACACAAAUAAAUAAAUGCUAAAUAAAAUAUAAUAAAAAAAAACAUUACAUAAACGCAUACGCAUACAUACAUGCAUAAUAAUAAAGCAUAAAUAUCUACUUUGAAAAUAAGCUAAGCUGAAAUUAAACUUGUUCUCGUUCAAUCGUUAUAAUCAAUCAAGCUCCUAUUAAAACAAAACUCUACUCCACUAAUUUAUACUCGAAACUAUUUUCUUUAUGAAUAUACUGGUGGUGGUUGAACAAGCGCCAGUCGUAUAUGAAGCAUGCGUUGCUUUAAAGUUUAAACCAAUUAUGAAGUAGCAGAAUUUCUUAGAACGCAGUUACCUACUGUAAAAUUGUUUCUAAGUGUGUAAUUGUUUUUACAAAGCACUCCAAAUUAUUAACUUUUCCUCCAAAAAUACUUUGAUUUGUAAACAUGUUUGAAUCACAUACACACAUAUGCAUAUUUACUACAUACUAAACCUAUUAUAACUUAUUAAAUUAUGAAAUAAUAAACAAAAAAUCAAGUGUGUCGGAAGAGAAACGUUGAUAUGAAUUAUGCAAUAAAUUAUUAAACAAAAAAUAA